UAAUGAUGAAUUCUGUGUUCCUGUCAACAUUACUUUAGAAACCACAAAGGCACCUGGACCUAACGUUUUGUUGAUUGUUGCCAUUAACGUUCCUGCUAUAAUUUUCUUUCUGAUGAUUAUUUCGGCUUUCGUAAUGCGUUGGAGAAAACGGUCCAGUGCCGACCCAAAUAACACUAACAGUAACUCGCUUCAUGCAACAUUACACGUGGGAGUGCAAGCUAUGAUUGUCUGCGUUCCUGCCGUACCCAAUAUAGCAGACAAUUACGCAAAGGAUGGACUAGAUACGAACACUUUCUCCCUACGACGUUUCCAAUCGGAGGAAACUACGUCAUUUACGAGUAUAGAAGAGGCACUAUCUCGUUCUACUGCUGACACGGCCCUUACUACACAAGCCGAUAUCCACCAGUACAGUAAUGUUGAUACAUCUGGGGAUUACGGAGACGCUGAGUCUGAUGAGAAAGAAAUGAUGUACGGUAUAGCAACAGCGAAUUCGGUGUAUGAAGACACAAAAAUAAAUCAGAGUAACCCAACACCUCACUACUGUGCGGUAAAUGCAAAUUCAGUCGAAAUGACCCAUUCUAUUCCAAGAAAUAGCUUUACCAGUACUACGGAGGACUUGGGCGUCCUAUAUCGAAGUUGUCCAGCAACGAUAACGGACGAGUGA